UGAAGAAUAUGAAAGAUAUAGGAUUUCGCUUAUUUUCCUUAACAUGAUUCAAUCAUUUAUGGCAUCAAUCACAGCGUUCUUUUACAUAAAAUUUACCGGACAAAAUCUCAAGGUGGUUGAUUUAACCUUGAUAAAAAAAUUCUUAUUAGUAGCAUUUCUUGGAGCUAUAGCAUCACCAUUUGGAUAUGAAAGUUUAAAACAUAUCGAUUAUCCAACUUUAGUACUUGGAAAAUCAUGCAAAUUAGUACCGGUUAUGCUUAUGAAUAUAGUUCUUUAUAGAAAAAAAUUUCCAUUUUAUAAAUAUGUUGUUGUAACAUUAGUUACACUUGGAGUAUCAUGUUUCAUGCUUCUUCAACCAACAUCAGAAAAAAAGAAAGCAACAGAACCUAGUUCAUUAUAUGGUAUAAUAUUACUUACAAUUAAUUUACUUAUUGAUGGAAUCACCAAUUCUACACAAGAUCAAAUAUUUUACAAGUACAAAAUUACGGGCCAACAAAUGAUGUUUUUCAUGAAUUUAUUUAGUGGACUUUUAAUGUGUUGUUGGUUAUUAAAUCCAUGGAAUCCAGAACUUUUUAAUGCUUUAACAUUUUGUAAACUUCAUCCUAAUGUAAUUGUUGAUAUUUUAUUAUUUUCUUUAUGUGGAGCAUUAGGACAAUGUUUUAUAUUUUACACAUUACAUAAUUUCGGAUCAUUAUUUUUGGUCACUAUAACUGUUACUAGAAAAUUUUUCACGGUAUUAUUGUCCGUAUUUGUAUAUAAACAUAUUUUAAAUAUUGGACAAUGGCUUUCAGUUGGGUUGGUAUUUUUAGGAAUUGGGUUAGAAGUAUAUAUGAAACAGACAGAAAACAAAAAAUUACAAAAGAAAUUUGAUGAUGCAAUGCCGGGGGAGAAUCGAGAAUUGGAAAAAUCAAUAGAUGAGAAAACUAAUAGAAAACAAGCUAAUGGAAUUGUUGAUAAGAUCAAGAAGGAUAAGUAA